GAAUAAGGGAGGGAAAAGAAAAUAUUAUAAAAAUGACAAUUAUAUCCUUAAUGAUGUAAGUAACAAAAUAAUAAAAUAAUUUACAUAUGAAAGAUAAUAUAGUAAUUGUAUGAGAUAAAUUUUCCCUCACCUCCAAAUUCCCCCACUUUUGGAGUGGAAGAAAUUUUCCUUUGUAGGAGGGAUUUGAAGAGAAAAUAUCAAUCCCUCCCCCCCACAACAAAUUGAACCAAACAAGGGAAAAUUAUAAAAUUCCCUCCCCUUCCCGGACUUUCCCCUCAAUUUAUUACAAAUGGUAAAACUACCGUAGAAAAUCUCAGCUCGAGUUCCUUUUGUACGCGUCCUCGCGCCAUUGACAACGCGUUUCGGCGUUCCGAUUCAAGCAGGACAAGAUGGGGUGGGUUGGAGAGCAGAUCGAUUCCAUCAAAUCUCUGAACUUCAGACAAGUUCUCACUCAAGCCGUCAACCUCGGUAUGAUUGUUACAUCAGCACUUAUAAUAUGGAAAGGAUUAAUGUGUAUCACUGGCAGUGAAUCGCCUGUAGUUGUUGUGCUUUCUGGAAGUAUGGAGCCUGGUUUCAAAAGGGGUGACAUCUUGUUCUUGCACAUGAGUAAGGACCCUAUUCGCGCUGGAGAAAUUGUUGUUUUCAAUGUUGAUGGACGUGAAAUUCCUAUUGUCCACCGAGUUAUUAAGGUUCAUGAGCGCCAAGAUAGUGGGGAGGUUGAUGUCCUGACAAAAGGAGAUAAUAAUUUUGGGGACGACAGACUUCUGUAUGCUCACGGCCAGCUCUGGUUGCAUAGACACCAUAUUAUGGGGCGAGCUGUUGGAUUCUUGCCGUAUGUAGGGUGGGUGACUAUAAUCAUGACUGAAAAGCCUAUUAUCAAGUAUAUCCUGAUUGGUGCUUUGGGAUUGCUGGUGAUUACUUCAAAAGAGUAGGUGGGCUGUAACCCAACAUUCAAGAAUCUCAUAGAGGAAUACAUGUGAUGACAUUUUAGAACUUUGACAAAUCUAUGUGAUUUUGUAAUCACAAAACAAAAACAACUACUAAAUGGGUAAAAUUGUCUUGAUCGACUGAAUUGCAAUAUUUCUUGAGCAAUGUACAACUUGUGGCAUGCUCUUUACAGGCAACAA